GAUAAAUUUCUACAGAAAUAUUCAUCUUAAUUCUCUUUAUAUGACAUUCUAACGUUGAUCAGUGUUGAUUUCUUACAUGCAAUCGUCACCUCCUCUAAAUUGGUUUCUUCUCAGUCAACUUAGUAAUUUCAUGAAAGCAAUUGUCAGAUUGUUUAGUGAUUGAUUCUUGAAUUAUUAUCAUAAUUCGACUUUCUAUCAAGUCGAUAGUUGAUUGGUUAACGCGACGAGACAUCUGGUUGGAUGAUCAACUGUAUGCUUCACUCUAUAUAAUCUCAGUAAUUUCUUCUUCAUUGUGAAUAAAUUAUUUGACAACGUUGAAAUGACUACACGUGAUUACAAAAGUGACUGCAUAAUUUUUGAUGAUAGUUAUGAAGGAUAUUCAGCGAAGAAUUUCACUUUACCAGAAAUCUAUGAAAAACAUAUUUCAACCAUUUUGGUUCCAAGUGGAAUGAUUGAGAAUCGUUUGGAAAGAAUGUCUAUUGAUAUACUGAGUGAUUAUGAGAAAUCUGGUGUACAAUCUGUCUACGUGAUUUGUAUAUUGAAAGGAGGUUUCAAAUUUGCUUCCGACUUAUUCAAAGCAUUACAAGAGUAUUCAUUUACACGUCGAAAUUACAUAAAAGUUAGUAUUGACUUCGUCGCUGCAAGUACAUACGUUGAUGAUUCAGUAGGUCAUGAUACCAAAAUCACUCCGUGUACAAAUAUGGAGAAGUUCAGAGAUAAGGAUGUACUCAUUGUGGAAGAUAUGGUUGACACGGGCACAAGUUUAAACGAACUGGAGAGAUUUGUGAAGAAAUACGAACCGAAAUCUGUUCGUUCAGCAUGUUUACUGGUCAAAAGAAUAGCCGAGGUUCCUGGGUAUAAACCAACCUAUGUUGGCUUCGAAGUACCGAAUGUAUUCAUAGUUGGUUAUGGUAUCGACUACAACGAUCGCUUCCGUGAAUUGCCACAUGUCUGUGCAGUGAACGAUGAAGGUAAACGUGAAUUCCUUGGCCAAGGUUAACAUCUCUCUCGAGCUUCGUUUAACCGUGUAUUAACCGAGAAAAUAAUCAGAUUUGUGUCGAACGUUCCAUCUUUAAAUGUCAUCACGUAUACAUUAAAGAAAAUGUAUAUUUUAUACAGAAGAGAAUUUAUUUUGUACUAUUUUUGCAAAAAUAUUUGUUUUUUGACAGAUGUACUUUGGUCUUUUGAAUUUAUUUCCUAAUUAGUUCAGUAUGUCUAAUUUACACAAAGACUAUUAUGAUUGAGAAGCCUACUAGUUCCCAUUUUGCUUUCAACUGCCCAUUUAGCUAAAUAUUUGCAAAACAGUUCAUGCUGCGCUUAAUCAUACAAAUAAAACAUCUUACGAUGUUCAAUAAAUACUCCCACUGAGACAUUGAAUAUUCAAGUUUUGCGAAGAAAUAUUUCGUCUCAAUUAGUUCUUCAUCAAGACUCUAUACUAAUAUGUAGGUUUGACAAAUGAGUAGAAAACCGAUAUCAAUUAGAUGAUUUCGAGUCAAUUUAACAAUGUAACAGUCAGUUAGUAACCAUACAGUGUGUUCAUAUUCACGCAAAUAUCUAUUUUAUGAAACGUGGAAAAUAUUCAGCAUUAACAGCGAACCUCACUAGAAAUCACUCUGAGACCAUAAUUCAUGGACGAACUUUGAGCGACGCUAAAACGACCUUGAGAAUGUCCACUUACAUACUAAGGCAAUAUGAGGGUUGUAAGCCAGUGUGAGGAAUUAGGAUUAAUAUUUACAGUUGAUAGAACCAAACCUUAUUGACCUCAUAUCUGAUGUCGCUGAUCCUCACCAUCUAGUCAGCUCUAGUGGACUCUCUACUCAAUGCGGGAAAUAUGCUUUAAAUAGAGUCAAACUAACUGUAACUUGGGAAUAUGAGGACCCAACGUUAUUUCGUGGGGGAGGAUGAAGUCAUAAAAUUUGAAGCUGGAUCUCAACACAGAGUCUUCAAAAAAGAAGGGCAGGUGAUAUGAUGGAAAGAAAAGUCAAUUUUCGAUUGAUUUUCUCAUUAUGAGUUUUGUUCAAUAAUACUUCCAUUCUGAUUCAAUGUGAUGAUUACCCGGUCUAGUAUUUGUUUUGUUUCUCUCGUAUGAUAUUUUAUUAUAUAUAAUAUACGAUAUUCUUGUAUUCCAUUGACAUGAA